AUGGAAAAAAUUACCGAGAGACUGCUUUAGCAGAAUUCAUUGAAAAUGCCCUAAGUACUUUUAGUAUCAUAUAAGAACAAUCAGAGAAAAUACUAAAGGACUCCAAAGAGAAGCAUUUAAAAGUGCUCUCACUACUAUAUUAACACUAAUUCAAGGCCCACCUGGUAUAGGAGAGACUACUGUGCUCCUAUAUUUAUCUUUGCUCCUUCAAAUACUGCAGCUGAUCUUAAUUAGAAUCUUCUGGACCUUUCAAUUGCUUAAGAAUUCAGAUUCGUGCCAAGAUUUAAUGGAGUGUAUUGA